GGUCCAGAUGCUCGCACUCAGACGCGGGCCAAAGCCAGACUCCCUGAGAGCCCAACAUGAACCGCAAGAAGCUGCAGAAGCUAACGGAAAGCUUAACUAAAAAUUGCAAACAUUUGUUCCGAGGUUUUGAUAAAGAUAACGACGGCUGUGUCAGCAUAUCAGAGUGGAUAAAUGGAUUAUCAUUGUUUCUUCGAGGGUCUUUGGAAGAAAAAAUAAAAUAUUGCUUUGAAGUAUUUGAUUUGAAUGGUGAUGGAUACAUUUCAAAGGAGGAAAUGUUUCACAUGUUGAAGAAUAGCCUACUCAAACAGCCAUCUGAAGAAGAUCCUGAUGAGGGAAUUAAAGAUCUGGUUGAAAUAACACUUAAGAAAAUGGACUAUGAUCACGAUGGGAAGCUGUCUUUUGCAGACUAUGAACAAGCUGUAAAGGAAGAGACUCUUCUUCUGGAAGCUUUUGGACCAUGUUUACCAGAUCCAAAGAGCCAGAUGGAAUUUGAAGCCCAAGUAUUCAAAGAUUCACAUGAUUUCAAUUAUGACAUAUGAAAAUCAAAAUAUCU